AUGUUAUUUGACGAAUUGGAUACCACUGACUUGGCGACUUUUACAUCUUUGAUAUCUGGGUAUGCUCAGUCGGGACAAGGUGAAGAAGCUAUAAAACUAUAUUUAAAAAUGCAAGAUUUGGAGCUUAAGCCCGAGUCUUACAUUUGUAGCUCUCUUCUAAAGGCUUCGGCUAUUUUAUCUGCUUAUGAACAAGGUAAACAAAUCCAUGUUCAUACCUUAAAAUCCGGUCUUUUAUUCGAUGUUCAUACCUCGAAUUCUCUUGUAAACAUGUAUGCUAGAUGUGGAAGUAUAGAGGAUGCUAGUCGUGCUUUCUUUGAAGUUCCUGAAAAGGGUAUCGUCUCAUGGUCCACUAUGAUUGGUGGACUUGCCCAACACGGACACGAGAAAGAAGCACUUUCGUUUUUUGACAAAAUGUUAAAAGACGGAAUCGCCCCUAACAACGUGACUCUAGCUAGCGUCCUAUCUGCUUGUAACCAUGCGGGGUUGGUAACUCAAGCGGAAACAUACUUCGAAACAAUGGAGGACGUUUUCGGAAUUAAGCCAACACAAGAACAUUACGCGUGCAUGAUUGAUAUUCUUGCGCGUUCGGGAAAGUUAAAUGAGGUGAUGGAUUUGUUAAGUCGGAUGCCAUUUGAGGCUAAUGCUUCGGUUUGGGGGGCGGUUCUUGGUGCUGCAAGAACUCAUAAAAACGUUGACCUUGGUCAACGCGGCUGCCCGAGAGCUUCUUUGUUCUUGAACCGGAAAAAUCGGGCACCCGUUCUCUUCUUGCGAAUAUAUACGCAUCAGUUGGUUUAUGGGAAGAGGUUGCGGAUACAAGGAGGAGAUAGAAGCCAUUCUAUGAGUGAAGAAAUAUUUAAAAAACUUGGGGAGUUGAUGGAUUUGAUUCGUGAAGAAGGGUAUGUUCCGGUUUUGGAAAAUGAUCUUCAUAAUGUUGCAAGAAGUGAAAAGGAGGUGCUUUUGUUGUAUCAUAGUGAGAAACUUGCGGUUGCUUUUGGGCUCAUUGCUACUCCUCCAAGAGCUCCGAUUAGGGUUAAAAAGAAUCUUAGGGUUUGCAUAGAUUGUCAUACUUUUUUGAAAUUUGUUAGUAAAGUUGUCACGAGAGAGAUUAUUGUUAGAGACAUCAACCGAUUUCACCAUUUCCGAGACGGAAAUUGUAGUUGUGGAGAUUAUUGGUGA